GUUUUUGUUUUUUCGCUUCCGCCUUCUGUUCUCGCAGUGUCAUGUGGGACUCAAACUAACAGCUUUUGGGAUUAAAAUCCGCUGCGUGACUCUUCACAGGAAUCUCUUCCAGCCGCCGCAGCAAAGUCUCCUUCUGAGGUUUAAAAUACAGAAAAAGGCCCGGGGUCCGUUGGGAGUGAUGUCGGACGGGGAACGGUCGCCGCUGCUAUCCGAGCAGCACGACGGGACCAACGGCUUCUCUCCCGGAGGCGGCUCGCACGGAUAUCUGUCAAAACCGCAGAGUUUGGCGCCGUUCCCCAGCGCAUUAGUACCCGGCGAGCCUCCGCCCCCGUACUCGCCGCAGGGCAGCCCGGACAGCAGCAGCGCUCCGGUCAUCAGCUGUCGGGUCUGUCAGAGCGCCAUCUCUGUGGAGGGCAAGACGCACCAACACGUGGUGAAGUGCAGCAUCUGUAACGAAGCCACGCCCAUAAAGAACGCCCCCGUCGGGAAGAAGUACGUCCGCUGUCCGUGUAACUGUCUGCUGAUCUGCAAAGUCACGUCGCAGAGGAUCGCCUGUCCCAGACCGUACUGUAAACGCGUCAUCAACCUGGGACCGGUCCACAUCGGCAGGGACAGUCCUGAACCGCAGCGUCAGCCCGUCGGCGUCAGGAUCAUCUGUGGGCACUGCACCAACACAUUCCUGUGGACAGAGUUUUCAGACCGAACCUUGGCCCGGUGUCCACACUGCCGAAAAGUCUCCUCUAUUGGUCGGCGGUACCCGAGGAGGAGGAGCCUGCUGUGCUUCAUGCUGUUCAUCGUCCUUGCCGCCUCCACUGCAGGACUCAUAUUUGGAACAUGGAGUCACGCGCAGCAGUCCAAAGGGAUCUACGUUUCCUGGGUGCUUCUGAUCCUGCUCCUUCUCUUCACCUUUGCAAGAACCCUCUACUGGAGGUGUCUGAAAAUCAGCGACCCCAUAUCCAGCAUGACAUAAGAGACAGAGUGAGGGAGAAAGACAAGUGUGGAUGAAGGAAGGAAGGAAGGAAAGGAAGGUGAGAGUGUUGGGGUAAUGAAAAGAAAAGGCCAACACGGCGUCAUUGUGGAGAAGAACAGAACAAAAAAAUCAUCAUAAAUUCAUGAAAAAUGGAGAGAGAGGAACAAAACCAAUUUGAGUAAAGAGAGAAUAAAACAGAAGAUGCAAAAAAUAAAUCUCCACGUUAACGCCAUAUUGGAUUAACCAUUUUUUAUGAGCUUCCCGGCGUCAAAGAGAGCUCGAGUCUAUGAUUUCUUCUUCUUCACUUUUACAAACUGAGGACGGUAGGUUGAAUGUUUGCAGAGAGAAGAUAAAUAUAAAAAGGAAGGAGAUUUGAGAUGAAGACAGAAAUGUUGAACUGUUCCUUUAACGGGUGAAUCUGAAAAUAAAAAUCUGAUUUGAUGGAUUUAUAAAAUGAUUCAUUGGAUCAGUCUGUGAUCAAAAUGUAACCACAAAGAAGUCAAAACAUCUCAAAGACCUCAUGUAGUCAAAAUGAAAAUAUUAUACCGUUUAAACAAAGAGCCACGUGUGUGUUUUGGGGCUUUGUUGUUUUAAUGUGAUGAUUUAAUGGAGGAUGAAAUCAAAGUAACUGCUGUUAAUGUUUUAUUCACACAGACAGGCUUUUCUUCAGUCUAUCAUAAUACAUGCUUACAUCAGACAUUAAUAUGAAUUAUCUGAAGGGGGAAAUGUGAUUAUUUGAGGAUAUUUAUUAAUCAAACUAGAUGGGCAUUAGUUUGGGGAAAGUGGCAUCAUUUUCUUUGUUGUUGUUUUUUUUUAAAGUUUUGUAAAUGUCAGCAUCUAGCAGCUUCUCACUGGGCAUUUAAAAAAAA